UUGUGUGACCCCUGCCCCGGAAGCUCUCGCUCGCUCUCCCGGAAGCACCGCCCCCUCCGCCUCAGUCUCUUUUCGCCGCCAUCUUGAAGCCGGCUCCGCUCACAAAAUGCCUGGUGAAGCGACAGAAACCGUCCCAGCCACAGAGCAGGAACUGCCACAGCCUCAGGCUGAGACAGCUCCUGCUGUCCCUGCCCCUCCUGCCGGUGCUCCUGCAGCGCCUGCAGCCGCUGUUUCUGAGCCUCCUGUUCAAAUGUCAGGGUCCGGCACAGAAUCCGACAGUGACGAAUCGGUGCCAGAACUCGAAGAACAAGACUCUACACAGGCCACCACACAGCAGGCACAGCUUGCAGCAGCAGCUGAAAUAGAUGAAGAACCAGUUAGCAAAGCAAAACAGAGCCGGAGUGAAAAGAAAGCACGAAAGGCAAUGUCCAAACUGGGCCUUCGCCAGGUCACAGGUGUAACCCGAGUUACCAUCCGGAAAUCCAAGAACAUCCUCUUCGUCAUCACGAAGCCAGACGUGUACAAAAGCCCCGCAUCAGACACCUACAUCGUCUUUGGCGAGGCAAAGAUCGAAGAUCUGUCCCAGCAGGCACAGCUGGCAGCUGCUGAGAAAUUCAAAGUGCAAGGAGAAGCCGUCUCAAACAUUCAGGAAAACACACAGACUCCGACCGUACAGGAGGAGAGCGAAGAAGAGGAGGUUGACGAGACCGGCGUUGAGGUGAAGGACAUCGAGCUGGUCAUGUCCCAGGCGAAUGUGUCCCGGGCGAAGGCUGUCCGGGCCCUGAAGAACAACAGUAACGAUAUUGUAAAUGCUAUUAUGGAAUUGACGAUGUAGCCAUCAGAAGAGAGGAACCUUUUGGUUUUUCAGAGAAGAGUAAAAUGCAGCUAAAUUUAACAUUUGUACUAUUUCUAUCAAUAAAUAAAAGUUGUGGCUUGUUGUCGGUGAAA